AUGUCAAACCAUCGUUUAUUAACUGCUGAAAAUUGGAAUGAAAAAUUAUCUUUGAAUGGAAAUUCGUUUCCUAUAGAUCCUGCUAUCAAAGAAAUUUUUAAAAGUGACGAUCAAAGCCUCGAUGAUUUUGUACAAUGGAUUAAAAAAGAAAGUGAAAUUCAUCAACCGAUUUUUUCUUGUGAUUCAUCACCAAUUUUCAUAUCCUUUGGAAAUUUACAAAGAUGUUAUGAUGAUUAUGAACGGGAAAAUGAGGCAACGAUAAUAGAUAAUGUUGUUGACACCACCUCGAAAGAAUCAAAUGAGGAUCACGUGAAAUGGUCUUUAGAUCGUGAAUUACUUCAAACCUUAAAAAGUUCACUUGAACAAAUUACAAAAUUUGGCAAAGACUCCGAUAUCAAAGAAUUUUUGUCCAAAUUCAAUAAUUUGAUUCGACUUCCACACAUUCAGGCAAAAUUAAAGAUUUCUCAAAUCGAUGACAAAAUUUUAGAAAUUUUGUGUAACGGCAUAGUACAAUGUGAGGAUAUCACGUAUCAGAACUAUGUUGUCUUCUUCAGGUUUACAUUCUUGGAAAAAGUACGUUUAAUCACAUCGAAACCUUCACGUGGAUUGUUAUCUAUCCUUUCAAAAAUUGCAAAGGUAAAGAGCAAACCAAUUAUUUAUGGACUGUUAUUACCCUUAAUCCAAGAACCUCGAGAGAUAGCCCGACCCCAAUUGGAAGUUAUUACUCGAAUAAUUAAUGGAGGAUUGAGUGAAGAUUCCAUCGUAUCUUUAAUAACAGAAUUAUCCUCUGAUGUCCAAAUGCUUAGUGAGCUUAAUGGUGAAACUCGUCCUAAACAUCUUGAAAAUUGGGAAGAUUCAAUGAUUGAAAUCUUAUUUUCGAUCUUUAGUCAAAAAUUUCGAAUUGAAGAUCCAAAUAUUUUUAAGAGAUUCUUAUAUCAUUUAAAAGUUAACAUUGAACUUCAACCUAAUAAUCAGAAAUUAGGUCAGAUAUUAUUGUUACUUGUCACUAAACAUUCUGAAUGUAUUAUGGAUCAUUUAGAAGAAGUCAAAGUUGCCGCAGAAAAGUCAACGGCAUUUAUGAAAAAGAGCGUUCUUGGAAAGAUAGAUUCAUUAAUAAAGAGGCGCGUAUCCCAAAAAUAA